AUGUUCCCAGUCAGACCUAAUCGAGACGAUAGGAAGUCAAAAACAAAACGUUCCAAGGAGUCAUCGGCCCGCCGUUCCUCAAUGCCUGGACUCGACUCCAGUCAAACCGGGACCGCCUCGUUCCUCGAGUCCAGGACCAGUCUACCGUAUCCUACGUUCUCCAAAGCACACAGCAAGGAAAAUGUGCGCAAGGGCGACCCUCCCACCCCAGACGCGACCGACUUGACCGAUCGCAAUGAGAAGGCUCCCCGCGAGCACCACGCGCCACCCAGCCCACCGCUGACCGGCCUAGACCAGGAGUCACGGAAGGGCAGUGUCAUCGACGAGGAGAGUGAAAAACCAAAAAAGAAACCCAGCAUCAGGAUUCGGGCGGAGGUCAACCGAUCUUCCUCCAGCCUGCGAUCGAAACGAGAUGACAGCACCAGAUCCAAGAGCAGCAAGACCUCGCGCACCGAAACACCUACCAGAUCCAAAAGCUCCAAGGAGAAGGAAGAGCGAGAGCCCUCGCCCCGAUCAUCCACUCACAAGUCCAAGUCCAAGUCAUCGUCCGAUGAGAAGAAGCUGCCCAAACGAUCAAGCCGCUCCACCAUGUCCGCCUCACAGUCGAAUGUCACCAUUCGUGAAGAUGCAGGGUCGCCCAACGGAUCCGACGCGACCUCCAUCGCGCCCAACCAGCAGUACUCGGCGCCGCGAAAGCCCACGACCCCGCCCACGAAGCCACCCUCGAGGACGCAGACCCGAUCGGCCGCGUCCCACCGCCGCGUUCCAAGCGACGAGUCCAUCGACUUCGUCAAACCGAGUCCGAACGCAUUCGGCGCGCCUCCGCCGCCGCCCCCUCCGCCUGAAAUGCCCGCCACGAUCCCCCGAGUCGAUUAUCUGCUGAAGAACGGCGGCUUGGAACACAAGGUUUCGCGGGCCCUGCUGGCUGGCCUGGGCCAGGGUGAUCCCUUCGCGCCCGGGCAAGCGCAGUCUCGGUCUGUGGCGGGCAAGAUCUUCGAUCCGUAUAACCGCUUGCUGGACGACUAUCAGAAGGUCAUGAACAAGAGUGGGUCUCUGGCGGUCGCUACCGGGUAUCGGUCUGUUGCGCGGCGGUUGCUGGAUCGGCUGGAGGCAGUGUUCGCGCGCGAUAUCUCGUCCGAGCCGUGCAGCUGCCAGAUAUGUGUGCGCGCUGAGCCGGACGACCGACCGGACGGAGUGAGCUGGGGCGAGGUGCUAGAGCUGGUGUCUGGCCGGCGGGAAUUGCCAAUGUGGCCCCCUUUUACGAUGGCACCGAAUACUGUGGAUGCUGGGACGUCGGGCGAUGAGCACGUGCCAAUGCAGAAACUGGACAUCGACGUUCCGGAAGAGUACCGUGAGCACUUCAUUCGGCAAUCUCGAAAGACCAAGGUCGCCGUGGACAAAUGGCUUUCGGAACAGAACGAUACAGGGACCAGUGCCCCUAAUGAGGUCGACGAUGAGACCUUGACCUUUGCCAUGCUCACGCAUCUUGAGUCGCACCAGCGUUCGCUUUUCUGCUCGCUGCUUGGGCUUACUUCCUCUACUCCUGUUCCGCGAUCUGGUGAUGAAAAGCCCCGACCGAAACCAUCCUCGCUUGUCUCGUCUGCUUCGGCCAUCCAACGUCUCUAUCGACUCUCCACCCUCCCUCGCGACCCCGACACUGCUAUGUACAUGUUAAACAACCCCAGCCUUCACCACGUCCUCGCCACACUAUCCGCAAUCAGCGAUGAUGAAUGGGAGAUUCUGAUCUCCGGCCGCUUCGACGGCUUUCUCCGCAGCGGUGCAGAAGACACCGGAGGCUCUGGCAGAUCCGGCAGUCGUUCGAACACGCCUCUAGGCGGCGGUAUCUCACGGGGACCAACACCCAACUACAUGGACGGCAGUUUCCGACCGUCGAGCCAACUCAACGGCGGACCAACAUCACCCGCCUCAUUCGGGGGCCCAAUCGCAUUAGACGAAGAGACCGAGAUCGCCGCGCUGGCCGAAGUCGAGCGCGACAUCUUCCUAGGCAUGGAAGCUCUCGAGGACGCUUUCGAGGCCUUACACCUCAAAGCCGAGGUCGUACGUCGGGCCCUUCGCGAGCGUGGCGCCGGUCUCUCAGUCGCUAAUCAAAGCCGACGCGGCUCCUACGUUGAAGCGCGCAUGGGAACUCCCUUCUCUGCUGCUGGGGGAUGGGAUAGUGGCGAGGAUGACUUCCUUGAUGAUGAUCGCUCUCUGGCGCCAGAUGACUCGGCUAGUAACAUUAGUUCUAACCGUCGUCGUCGGCCGAAGAGACGGACUGAGCGACGGACGCCUGCGCCCGUGGAGGAAGAAGACGAGGAAGAAGAACACUCGCCUGUUCGUCGGGAUUCGCGCGGUUCGCGACGAAGGUAG